AUGGCAGAGCAGGACGAGGUUGCCAGCAAGGUCUUGCGGAGAGCCCAGGUCUCAAAGAUGACCAGGACUCUUCAAAAUCGACUUGCCCUGGCCAACAUCAAGAUCAAGAACGGGUGGGAAAGCCUCAGCAUCGACGCAAUUGAGCCCGUCAUCGAUGUCGAGCUCAAGCGUAAGCGUCCUGGUUCCAGCAACGAGGCCAUGUCAGAUGCUUCGAGUACCUCUGAACGCUUCUACCGCCCAGGCGUGCUCGACUCGUCCCCUCUCACCGCACCCAUCUUCUCCGACGAUAUCCGGCGAUCAGGCACACAAUCUGUCAGCAGCGGCAGCACCAUACACAACAAGCGUCCUCGUUACGACAAGCCUGUUACCAAAUACCCUGCCUCGAGCACCCACAACCGCGGCAAGGUCAUACGGUCUGCCACAACGGCUUCGUCUUCAUGGAAGAACAGCUUCCAGUUGCCAGAAUCCUCGCCGGUAUACCACCGCAGACAUGCACGCUUUGGCCAAACCCACGUGCCCAGCCUCUCCUUUGUCUCAGAGACAUCGACCAUCCUCGAUGAACUACGAUCCCCCCUCCUGUCAGAGGAAGAUGACGAAGACCUUCCCAUCACCUCGUUCCAGAUCAACACGUCACACUUUGCAACGUCGCCCAUUCGACCUCGAGCGCCUCGAACACCGCCGCCAGAUGUCGCCCGCUCAGCUCGUCUUCGCCAGAGGGGCUUUACUGCCGCUGGCGCCGCUAGAGAAGGGAACCACGGCGAGACUGACGCGAACCUGCUUAUGUACUUGGCAACGUCACCGACACCAGUCCGAUUGGGCUCGUUCAAGCAACCCAUGCAUGCUCCAUCCACCCCACCAUCAAAGACAACACCCCUGCCAUCAUCGAUGAUGUCCACGCCCGGAGGCACCGGACAAGCGUAUGGUGGUCUCGUUGCUACUACUCCGAACAACCUGAACUUCGCCGAGUUCCUCAACAUGACACCAAGCCCUGCACAAGCACAGUUCGGCUCAUCGUGGAACCGCACACCAGCCGGCAAAACUCCCGCGGCAAUCCGUGAGGCUAAGCGCCACAUCAACUUCGACAAUCUUGUACCUCCCACUGGCGAUGGCCCACGGAUGGUCGCAAAGGUCGAAGGCCUCAGCAUGGACCUCGGCGACGAGCUCGUAUCCUGA